UGAGAGUGACUGUGUGCGUGAGGGGUUCCCUUAGAGUGAUGGUGAUUUUUUCAUAAUUAAUCUACAGAAUGUCUAAUCCAGCACCGCCUAGAAGGACAGGGGCGAUGAAAAUACGUCUCACAAUUCUGUGCGCGAAGAACCUGUCCAAGAAGGAUUUUUUCCGUCUUCCUGACCCAUUUGCCAAAAUAAGUGUAGAGGGGUCAGGACAAUGCCACUCCACAGACACAUGCCGCGCCACACUCGACCCAAAAUGGAACCAGUAUUAUGACCUGUACGUGGGCAAGGGGGACGGCAUCACCAUCAGCGUGUGGAACCGCCGCAAGAUUCACAAGAAGGCAGGCAGCGGCUUCCUCGGAUGUGUCCGCAUCGUGUCCUCCGCAAUACACAGACUCAAGGAUACAGGUUACCAGCGGCUGGACCUGACGCGGGCGGGCCACGACGACUGCGAGCCCGUGCGGGGCCAGAUCGUGGUGUCCCUCAUGUCACGGGACGGCCGCGGCACGGGCUCUCACAACGCUGUAGUAGACACUCUGGGGAACCUCUCCUCACCUGAUGACCUGCCUGAGGGCUGGGAAGAGCGAAGAACAACGACUGGUCGCUUGUACUACGUGAACCAUCAUGACCGCACCACCACCUGGGAGAGGCCCACGCUCCCAGCACACAUCAUAGUGGAGCGCAGGCGGCGUGACAAGACGUUCGUGUGUCCAUGUGCCAUCUAUGUCUUCCUCUCAUCUGUAUUCUCCUGUGUUGCCCCCAAGGCCUGCAACUCAUCCUCCUGUUCUUCUGAUUGCCCAUCCUCAUCCUCUGACUCCCCCAACUGUCCCAGAAGUUCUAGUCAGCCUUAUCCAUCAACCUCUGCUUCCCCUUGUUGUGGUAGAGGUUCUAGUCAACCCUGUACCUCAGCCUCUGCUUCCCCCAGCUGUUCCAGAGGUACUAGUCAACCUUGUGUGUCUAAUGGUACUCACAGAUGUGGCAGAGUAUCUAGUCAGAUACACACAUCCUCAUCCUCUGCUUCUCCUAGUUGUGGUAGAGUACCUGUUCAGGCUUGCUCCUCAUCUGCUUCUUCACCCCCUCCCAAUUGCACUGUAGGUUCUAAUGAGGUUUAUGGUCCUUAUUUUUCCAAUCCAACCACUGUACCCUCGGCUCCUCCCUCUUACUCAAUGGACUGUCAUGAGGUUUGUCCUCCCUACUCUGCCUUCGAUUCUCCUUGCACUGGACCCUCUUCAUCUUCCUGGUAUGAACCAGCACCGACCUCACGACACAGUGCCGCGUGUUGCAGGCCGGCUGACACCAGUGGCGUUGCUUCUCCGAGUAGACACUCCACUUCUUCCACAACAAUUGCAAGUACGACUACAUCACCAGCAGGAGGAAAUAUUGUGCUCAGUAAUCCCAAUACUACUUCUUCUGAUGUGCCACAAGAGGGAACACCAGUCAGAAGAGAUCCUAGAGAACACAGAAGGAGCAGGGCUGAAAGUGUAGAGCGUGUAAGCCAAAGAGAUACAGGAGAAUCUCGACGGAACCCAGAUUCAGUUAGAAGACGAUCUGCUCGCCACCGUAACUACCUCUCACGUAACCAGCUUCAUCAGCCGCUUGAUCUUCCUGAUGGUUUUGAAAUGAGAACAACACAGCAAGGUCAGGUGUACUACUACAACAUUCACACUGGUACUUCCACGUGGCAUGAUCCAAGAGUACCCCGAGAUUUAGGAGAUAUAAAUAUUGAUGAGUUGGAGCCACUCCCGAGAGGAUGGGAACUCAGACAUACUCCAAGUGGCAGGCCAUAUUUCUUAGAUCACAGCAAUCGGACGACACAGUUCACUGAUCCCAGGCUUUCUAACAGUCAUAUUCUCAAUAAUAUACUCAGGAAUCGCAGUGAAGGGAGCAAUCGAUCUAGUAUAAUUGAAAGUGGAAGUGGCAGUGACCCCAGAAUUAGUUCACAGACUGAGAGUCCUCCAGUCUCUUCCACUAGUGUCUCAAAUAAUAGAAGUAAUAGUUCCUCUAACAGUAGAAGAAAUAGCUCAUCCAGAAGUAGAGGGCCCUCUCCUGAAGCCAACUCAGCAAUGGACGCUAUUUCAAGUGCUUUGCCUAGUACUGAAGAACACAAUAAUUCACUUAUCAGUGGUACUCAAGUUUCAACAAGUGUUGUGCCUACAAGUGUUAGUAAUACUAGUAAUAUAAGCAGUGAAGGAAGUGGUUUAAGCAGUAGUUUAAAUAGUAGUAUGAACACUACUGUCAAUACCAGUAACACUAGUAACCGUGUGGUGUUGCAGAACAACAGCACAAACUUACAAAUAAGUAGUAACAAUAAUACUCCUGGAUCUAAGGAUCCAGCUGUGAUAGACCUAGAAGGUGAUUGUCUCCCAAAAUAUAAGCGAGAUUUGGUGGCAAAGAUGAAGGUGUUAAGGGCAGAACUGCAGUGCCUCCAGCCACAGAGUGGACACUGUCGUUUGGACAUACCACGUGGUGAAAUCUUUGAGGAAUCUUAUAGACAAAUCAUGAAGAUGCGGCCAAAAGAUUUACGAAAAAGAUUAAUGGUUAAGUUCAAAGGUGAAGAAGGACUUGAUUAUGGUGGAGUUGCUCGAGAAUGGUUGUACCUGUUGUCCCAUGAAAUGCUCAAUCCAUACUACGGACUUUUCCAGUAUUCCAGGGAUGACAUUUACACACUUCAGAUCAAUGCAGACUCAAGUGUGAAUCCAGAGCAUCUGUCCUAUUUUCAUUUUGUGGGUCGAGUGAUAGGAAUGGCAGUUUUCCAUGGACACUACAUAGAUGGUGGGUUCUCCAUGCCAUUCUACAAGAUGUUGCUCAACAAACUCAUAGUUCUGGAUGAUAUAGAAGCUGUUGAUCCAGAACUUCAUCGUUCGCUCAACUGGAUGCUGGAGAAUGACAUUACAGAUGUCAUUGAUACCACAUUCACUGUUGAACAUGACUCAUUUGGGGUCAUUCAGAUGAGGGAACUCAAGCCUGGAGGCAGUAAUGUUGCAGUUACUGAAGAUAAUAAAAAAGAAUAUGUCAGGCUCUAUGUUACUUACCGUUUUAUGCAGGGUAUCGAGCAGCAGUUUGCAGCUUUGCAGAAGGGCUUCACAGAAGUCGUACCACAACAUCUACUGAAGCCGUUUGAUGAAAGGGAAUUAGAACUGAUAAUUGGUGGAUUAGGCAAGAUUGAUAUUGACGAUUGGAAGGCCAAUACAAGGUUAAAGCACUGCACACCUGAAACACCGGUAGUCGGCUGGUUCUGGCAAAUUGUCGACUCAUAUUCAGAAGAAAUGAGAGCAAGACUACUUCAGUUUGUGACAGGAUCAUCUCGUGUUCCUUUGCAAGGGUUCAAGGCCCUUCAAGGUUCCACUGGCGCUGCAGGACCUAGGCUCUUCACCAUUCAUCAGAUUGAAGCUCCAACAGAGAACUUGCCCAAAGCUCACACUUGCUUCAACCGCAUAGACAUACCUCCAUAUGAGUCACACAGCAAGAUGUUUGAGAAACUGACCCAAGCUGUGGAGGAAACUUGUGGCUUUGCAGUAGAAUAAAUAGAAAACAUUAAAAGAUUUCAUAUAUUACAGAAUGUGUAUGAAAAAGUGUUUAGAAAAAUAUAAAAGGAAAAAACAGACAAAAAAAGAUGUGUAUCAUGGAACUAAGAUUUGUGUUUGAAGUAAAAUGUAAUUAUUGAUAAUUAUUUUAUUUAUAAAAUAAACAUGUGAUAAUUGUAAUGUAUUUGUAGGAAGUGAUCACCAUACUAAUUUAUGAAAAUGCUGAAACCAAAAAAGAUGAGACUUUUGGAAAUUCUGUAAUUUGAAUGCUCGAGUAUAUUGUGCAAUUUGUAAAAAAAAUAUAUUUGUUACUAUUUGACAGUAUAUUUACAGAGACAGUGCUGGGUUUUAUGUACAGAUCUUUGUGUUCAUAAAUACUGUUGAUGGUUUGCAUAGUUUUGAAGAUUUUUCUAAGUGUAAACUGUACAAACAAAAGUGUCAUGGUAUGUUAAUGAAGAAUUUGAAAUACUUUAUAUGCUCUGUAUGCUAAGGAGAAGUAGCAAAAGCCAGAUAGUGCUUUUGUUGACUUGUCCAUUGUCAAUCAGUGUAAGAGCAGAUCUCGGGUGUCUUCCACCUCUUGAGUGGUGACUUCAAAUUCCAGCCAAGAAUUGUUAAUGUUCUUAACUAUUGGGAACAUUCAGCUUUUAGUCAUAUAUCAAUAAACUGUGAUAGCAGAACAGUUCCAUCUUCCAAGGCAGUGACAGAUAAAACUUGCAAACAAAAUACAUACAUACAUACAUUUACACUCACUAACAUAUAUUGAGAAACACAUGGUUAAUGCUGUUGUAUAUAAAUGUUUACCAAAUGUACAUGUUCAUGUACACAGAUAUGCUGCAUAUACUUUUUUGCUUACUAUUUUAUCAUGCAUACAUUUAUAGUUUAUAUGGAGGUAUGCAUGUGCUCUUUUUUGACAGAUGGAUUGGUGAAAUAUUUGCAAUUGGCCUUCAGUGUAAUUAUUAUGCUUCUCAGUACCUUAUUUAUUGACACUAUAUGUGUACAUUAAAAUACUCUUCUCCAGUUCAAGUUGCUUAUGUGAAAUGGCAGGGUCAAUGGGUCAUAUAUAUAUAUAUAUGCAUAAUUUACUCACAAAUUUUCUGUAAGAUAGUUAUCUUCUGUUGUGUAUUUCAUAUACAUUAAUUCUAUACAUCUGUAAAUUGUUCUCUUUAAAAAUUAUAUGCAGACAGAUUUCUGAUAGGUAAAUUAAGACUCAAACCAAUAUUUUCCCUCUUUUUUUCAUUACAAAAGUGUUACUGCAUUUAAUAUACAAAGAACAUUAAAACCUUGAUCUGCUUAGCUAUGAUUUCACAUGCCAAUGUAAUAAUGAAUCUCACUAGGUCAUUGCAAUCUGGUGCCUCAUCGUAAUUUAGCAUCUGUCAUUUGGCUACACGCAGCAUUUACAGUAGUCAAUAUAUGAGAAUAUUGAGUUAUACUAUUAAAAGAAUAAAUCAUCUGUAUUAUAAUUGUUUUGCUAUUGCCAUUUUAAUUAGGUAAGUUGUAAAAGGUGUGCUGUGCAAAAGUUCUCAUAGAGGUCAUUUUUUGUAGAUAUUUCAUCACAUUAUCAUGAUUGACAUGUGCUGAAGCUGCCAUUUGAUAGAUAAUAUAACUGGAUGUUUCAAGAAUUCACAUUUAUCAAUAAAAAUAUCUAUAUCUAUACUCACAGUAAUUGUUCCACACCACUACAGACAUUCCUUGAUCAUUCUUAAUUUGUUGUGAUGAAAUUUAUUGUUGCUGAUUCAUUCCUGAGAAGCUUAUUAUUAAUUUAUUUAUAAAUGUAUAGCAAGUACUGUUUGUAAUUCUUAGAUUAUGGUUGAAUAAAAGUAAACACAAACACAGAAAAUAUCCCCUUGUGCCCAAAUAUAUUUACUCCCAUGUUUGCCAGAAACUUAAAACAUAUUUUUGUAACCUGUUUGUCACUGAUAUACUGUAACCUAAUAAUCACAUUGGAAAUAAUGGUUUGCCUGUUUCAAGAUCAGCUGUAUUUAGAAUCAGACAAUUUAGCUCGACAAAUUAUAGGCAUAUAUUUUGAACCAUCUGAAGAUGGUGUAAGAACAUGCAAUUUGUUUGCCUGUAUAACAAUUCAGCCACAGGUUAGUAAUUUUGUAAUUUUAGAGCUAAAGUCAAUCAAAAUGACCCAUUUUAUAUUUUCCCAGGCAUGUGUAAAUGUUUUCCUAUACAGAACACCCACAUUGAUUACAUAAGGAAUAAUCAUGUGGUAGAAUGUAACUGUUAUAACCAAACUUUGUGAUCAUGAAGAAAAUGAAAUUUCCAUUUAGACUUAAUUAUAUUGUAAAUGAAGAUUGCUUUAUACCACUGAAGUGUAAAGAAACAUUAUAAAGCACAAAUAAGAAUUUACAUAUCCUCUAACUUCUCAGGACAUCAGCGUUUCUGUUUGUAUACCUUAAAGAUGCCUUUAUUUUAUUGCAACCCUCUUCCUCCUUUCAUAAUGUGAUUUUCAUGACCCCAUGCAGUACAUGAAGUAACCAUGUGUAGUGUACAUUAUCAUGCAGGAACAUCAUAUUGAUUUGUUUAAGAGACAUCCAUUUAGGUUUUAUGUGUGACUAGUAUUUUGUUGUGCACUUCUAUGAUACAGCAAAAAGGGAGAUAUCCAUGAUAUUCUGGAUAAUAGGUGUGGCAGGCAGCCAGUCAUGUAAUUAGUUGUGCUAUUAAGAGAAUAUUUAGGAUUUGUAAUAAAUUUGUAAAUGA